UAAGCUCUUUUUUUACACCUUUGUGUUACCUUUUCAACCCGUUCGUUUUUCUUUCAUGUAUAGUAUUUCUGCCUCUCCAUUUAACGAGUUCAGGUAGGGAAAUGUUUGGCGCUUUCGUGUUAAAGGAAAGCUAUAAAAACUGGAAGGAAAUGAGGUGAGGCCACGAAAACUAAAAGGCGAUUGGAAAUUGGCAGUAAAAAAAAAAACAUUUUCGGGGGGUUUGAAAGAAGAAGAAGGAAAUUUUGCCGAUACGUUUUGUGUGUGUGUUUGUGUGGGGGUGGCGGCGGAACUAGAGAAGGAAAUGCAGUAAAAAAAAAUGUAGACCUGCUGACUUUGGUUAUAUUUCCUUUCACCCCCGCUGCGAGAGAGUUCAAAAGGUAAAAAAAAAUAAAGAAAGAAAACAACAGCAGCAGUAACAGCAGCUUGGUAUCGCGACUCGGGUGUAAUUCAAUCAUUGGCGAUGGGCUGUUUGGUUUAACUUCAAUUUUCCCUCGCUUUUCUUUUUUUUUUUUUCUUAGUCUAAUAAUAAAAGUCGUAAAUCUAAUAGCGACUGGUCCUCCGCCUCUUCAUCAGCGAUUGAAAAUCGAUCCACGCAGAUCGAUGCGUCGGUUAAUUGCCUUUUACUUUAGAAAACAAAAGAAACGGUUUGAGAAAAAAGAAAAAAAAGUUUUUCUUUUGUUUUUACUCAUUAACACACUGUCGAACACGUCAAUUAUCUCUUGUGCGAGCCGACCUUGUGUAAUUAUAGGCCACGUUGUUAAGGUGAAACCAGAACUUACACCGAAAAAAUAAAAGGUGUUAUAAAUAGCAGCAGACUCCUCCCUGUUUUGUGUGUGUGUGUGUGUUUGCGGUAUAACACUCAGUCAACACAACAGGAAAAAAAAACUCGAGCGUGUGUUAUCGAAUAGCACGUGUGUUGUAUAGAAAACGGGAGCGCGUGCGUGUUUUUUUACGUUUUUUUAUAUUUUUUUUUUACUCCCCUCGGCUCCUUUUGACUCGACAGGAGAGCGUUUCGUUUUUUGUGUGUGUGAUGUAAUACAUAACAGAGUGCCCCUCUCCCCUUUCAUUUGGUUUUUUUCUUCUUCUUUUAAAGAGGGGCAUAUAAAUAGAAGAGAGAAUAUAAAAAAAACAGAAUGGGAAGUAAAAAAGAAAAAAAAAACACGAGAGGGAUUCCCCCUCCAGGAUUCCCGGCUUUUUCAAUGUGACGUCACAUCUGUUUUUUAUUUUCUUUUUUUCGUGUUGAAACGACAACAUUUUCAUUGAUGGAAAAAUGUUUAAUUCAUUUUUUGUUGUUGGGUUCGUGAUUGACGUUAGGCCGUUUUCUUAUCUGAACGCAAUUGAACUUUCAAACUUUUUUAUCUGAUUUUGUUUUUUAAUUUUUUUUUAAAGAAAUUUCAACGGUUUUUUCAAGUUUAUUUUGGGGUUCGUGAUUUUAUUUUUUCGUGACUUGCUGAUGAACAUUUAUUGAAUGAGUCUGCUGUUUUUGAGCGAUUAAUUUAUUGUUUCGGUUUUUUCGGUGAUGUGGAAUUUGGUCUCUGUCCUGUUGAUUCACUUGAUCCUAGACAAAGGUCAGAAGUCCAUUUUCAUCAGCAUGUUGCAUUCGAUAAAAUGCCAAAGUAGACAACGUCCUUCAUAUAAUUUAUCAGUUCUUUACUUUUUUCGAUUUCGUACCGGAUCCUGAACUUGCGCAACUAUUGCACCUUUUGUUUCAAAGGUUUUCGUUGUUUCUUUGUCGACCUAUUAUUGGUUUUUUCGAUUUCGCCCUGUCAUUCUGACACACUGCCUUUUAUUUGGGAAUUGAUGAAUCAUUUCGUAUUCCGUAAUUGUCUACCCGUAAUGUUUUUCAUUCAAUUUGCUUGUGGUAGGGAAAAGAUUACAAAGUUAUUUCGAGUUUCGGAGCUGUCGGGCCGGCCGAUCGUUGCGAGGGUUACUUGUUUGUGUGUGUGUGACUGUCGUGAGGAAGUGAAAAAUAAAAAUCCUCUGAAAAGUAUUUGGGAGAAGGGUGUAGUUUCUACACGUAUUUUUUCUCUUCCUUUCUCUCUCUCUCUCUUUCUCCCGCUUGGGUGGUGUAACGAGGAGUUGGGUGAACUUGACACGUGUGUGAGAGAAACCCGCAGCACCACCAGACCGCAACCCCCGAAAAGUUGCGUUCACCGCCCUUUUUCUUCUUCUUCGGUUUUGGCGCAACAGUCGAAGGGAAAAAUACAAAAAAAAAAUGAGUUCCAAUUGAAUCGGCCGUCCGAGUCUUGCGGUGCCUGGCCGUGAAGGGUCAACCCGAAAGUGCUGUGUGUCUCGUUUUGUGCGUGCGCCCUUUUCUCUUUUCGGCUGAAUCGAGUGCCAAUCGUUCGCGGACAGACCCUGGCGACGUACAACAUCCAAGUAAAAAGUCAUUGCCAAAUUUCCCACGUUCCGCACUCUGCGAGACUUUCUUGGCCGUCUCUUAUUUGUUUCAUUUUCGCUGUCCGCUAUAAAACAAGGACCAUCCCCGAAAGACCAGCCCAAACAACCCAACAGCAACAACAACAAAUCACCGCGCAGCCGCUUUUGGUGGGUGUGUUGUCGUCGCUUCAUUAGAGCAGCCGCAUCAUCGUCAUGGCUUUGUCGUGUUUAGCCGGCACCAAUCCCGUUCUACCCGUCAACUCGAGAACUUCAUGUCCCGUUGGUGGAUCAGCGGCUUCCGGGCGCAGUGGUGGCGUCGUCAUCAAGACGGAAGCGGGAAGCGUCGAGAAUAUGCUGGAAACGCAGUGUAACGGCGAUCCCAACAACAGUUCGAGCGUAGGCGGCGGCCAGCAGUCCAAUCCUGGAACGCCUUCGCCCAACAACAGCAGCAACGACGGACCAGUCGGCGGUGGCCGAUCCGGCAGCGCUUUAUCGGCUCCAUCGCCCGUCGGCGGCAAUUUGACUAUGCCGCUCUUUUCUCACCACCACCAUCACCAGCAACAACAGCAGCAGCAGCAACAGCAUCAACAGCAGCAAGCUGCUCUGGCAGCCGCCGGUCUCUUCCGGGCCGCCAGUUUGGCUCAAUCGUAUCCGGGUGGAAUGGUCGGGCAACUCGGUCCGCAUUCGCACCACUUGCCGAGUUUGAUGGCCAGCCUGCAAGCCGUGGCCUCGGCCGGAGUUGGCGGAGUGCCGCUCCAUCACCACCACAAUCAGCAACGGGCAGCUGCAGCCGCCCUGGGUGGACUCCUGCCCGGCGUGACGCUGCCGUUCAACUUUCCGUCCAUGUCGCAUCAGCAUCAGAGCGCGUUGCUCAAUUGGUCAAAAUUGGCGCAAAGUGCGGCGGCGGCGGCGGCGCUCGGAGUCGACGGACUCGGUUCCAUCAUCCAGCAACAACAACAGCAGCAGCAGCAACAACAACAACAUCAUCUUCUUCAUCAGCAGCAGCAGCAACAGCAACUGUCGCCCGAUUCGUCGUCCAAUCCGGUGCGGAAGAAGAGCAACAACAACAGGAAUAACGGAACCAACAACCACAACAACGCGACGCAGCUCCCGCUGGUGACGAACGGCUGCUACACGGGCGGAUUGAUCGUUUCGCAUCACACCGAUCACGUCCUACCGUCGGUUGUCCACCAGCUGACCAAGAACAACUCGAAAACGGCCAACAACAAGACCAACAACAAACCGGUCAAGGCGGCCGUGGCCCGUCGCAACGCCAAAAACAGCAACACGAUCCGCAACCAGGGUCUGCAGGAUCACCAUUUGCUGCUGGGCGGUGGCGAGGACAACCACCACCACCUCAACCACCACCUCAAUCACCACCACCACCACCUGGCCAACACCAUCAUCGGCAGCGUCGGCAUCAAGCCCAGCGAUUUGAUCAUCACGCCGGAUGCCGAUCCUUCGAUGGUGAGUCCCGUUGCCAGCAGUUCUCCUCCGUCGGUGAACGGUUCGAGCGGUGGGAGCAGCAGUAGCAGCCGCAGCUCAAUCAAGUCGGGAAUCAACCCGGUCUCCGGCUCUGGCGGUCAGACGGUGAACAACACGAGCCAGUUGCAGUCGGGCCAGCAGACGGACAGCCGCAGUGUCUCGUCUGUGGUGGACAACGUGUCGCUGACGUCGUCGUCGCAGCAGCAGCAGCAGCGGGACAAGGUGUUUAGCUGCUCCAUCUGCCACCGGACGUUCGGCUACAAGCACGUCCUGCAGAAUCACGAGCGGACCCACACGGGCGAGAAGCCGUUCGAGUGCAAGCAGUGCGGCAAGAGAUUCACGCGCGACCACCACCUCAAGACGCACAUGCGCUUGCACACGGGCGAGAAGCCGUACAACUGCACGCACUGCGACCGCCAGUUUGUCCAGGUGGCCAACUUGAGGCGCCACUUGCGGGUGCACACGGGUGAGCGGCCCUACGCCUGCGAGCACUGCACGUCCAGGUUCUCCGACUCGAACCAGCUCAAGGCCCACAAUCUCAUCCACAAGGGCGAGAAGCCGUUCCAGUGCCAAAUCUGCUCCGGCAAAUUCCGCAGGAGGCACCACCUCAUGCACCACAAGUGCCAAAAAGAUCCGGCCGGAUCGGGCGGCAGCCACGCCAGUAGGCCCAUUGGACUGGUGGCUGCCAGCCGGACCAGCACCAAAAUGAUUGGGCUGACCAAAGAUCUCCACCAUCUGGUCGAUGACGAUCUGGAGAGCGAGCCGCCACCAACUCCGUCCAGUUGCUACGCCAGUCCACCGGAUGAGGACGACGAAGAUUUGGAGGAGGAAGAAGAUUUGGUCAUGCCGUUGAUGAAACAACAACAACAGUUGAAAGCCAUGAGUCAGCAGCAGCAACAGCAGCAGACGGGCAACCGAGGACGGAAACCGCGGGAGACGAGACGGGUCAUCCGGCCGUCUGAGAAUGUCGGCGCAAAGAGCAACGGCGGAGUCGGGCCGACCACUCCGCAAGGUCCCGAGCAGACGGAACCGGAGGAUUUGUCGACGUCGUCGCGAAUGCGCCACGCCUCGACGUUCAGCGUCGGAUCGACGGGCGGAUGGAGCGCCGCCGGAUCGGUUUCCAUCGAUUUGAAUUCGGAUCGCGACGACGACGUGGAAGAGGAGGACGAAGACGACGUGGUCGACGGGCUCCUGGGUGAACCUCACCACCACCACGACAUGGACGACGAAGAGGACGACAUGUCGGACACGGCCGAUCUCAUCCAGCAUCAGCGCAAGAAGCAGCGCCGCAACGCCCUCGAUCUCGUCCACGCCCGCAACACUCAGGUGGCAAAGUAAAAAAGAAAACAAAAUAGAAAUUUCGUGUUUUUAAACCAAAACAAAAACAAAACAAAAAAAGAAACCACAACCAAACCAACGGAACAACAUUCGCUUUAUAUCAAACUUUUGAGUAAACAACAUUUACACCAACGACAGGGUUUUUCUCUUUUCAAACAAAAAACAAAAGAUUAUCUUUUUUAACUUUAUAUUAUCAUGAAUUAUCGUGUUUAUAAUAUGUGUGUCACUUGUCUGUUGUGUCAAAUUCUCUUUACGAUUUUUUUUCCUCCUCUUCAUUUGAAUUUUUUGAAUUUUUCUUCGAAGAAUCGUAAACGGGUAAAAAGUAAAAAGAAGAGAAAUGUGCGGAAUCCGCGCGCCGAUUCCGCCCAUCGAAAAUCCGAUUUAACCUUUUUUUUUUCAAAAUUUUUAGAAACGCCCUGGACUAUUUGUAAGGUCCAGAUUUGAAAUUCCCCCCCCCCCUCUCGCUGUAUCGCUCCUAACCCCUCCAAUCAACCCCCGUAAACUCCUUUUUUAAUUUAUGGCUUGUUGUCAUUCAUGUCAAAAUGAAUGUCGUGCCGGUAUUUUUUUUUUAUUUGUCAUUCCCGUCCCACCCCUUACAUCCCCUCCACCUCCCUAAAACACACACCAAACACACAUCAGCCUUAUAUAUAUACAUAGCAUCUAUUAUAUAAUUAUGUCUGGUGUGGGUUGGGUGUUCCAGAGAGAAACGGAAGAGAGAGCAACGGCCAGAAUCACACACACUCACAUACAAACUAAUGCUACUACUACUACCCCCUCUUCGUUUUACCUAUUAAUUUUCACCAUCCUUGACAUUUUUUUUUUAAUUAUUUUCACGCUCCUUAAAAAAAGAAAAGAAAAAUCCUCCCAGCCGGAACAUCGGUAGCAUUUUUGAACAAAAAAGUUUUGAAAAAAUCCUCCCAGUGAACACAACAAAAGAUUUUUGGAAAGAAAAGAAAUGGAGUUCCGCAACAACAACAACAACAGCAACAACAGACAUGGAGAGAGAAAUGCGCAACGGGUGGUUCCGAUUCGGUCAACAAUGGCGACAGUUUGAUAGGAAACGAUCGAAAAAGAUAAAGACGCGAGCGUUCGCCUUUGGGUUGUUGCUUGUGUGUUCCAGUUGCGCAUUUUUAUUCAUUUUGGAACACUACAAUCAAGCAAACACAAUAGGGCACACAAAGAGAGAGAGGAAAACAUGGCGAAUGACUAGGCAAUGCUGGGCAGAAAGUGGAUGGCUUCUUCUUCUUGGUCUUCUUGCAUUUCUCCCUACACCGCCACCCCCACACUGGACUUUUUGUGAUGUGCAUUGUGUGUUACACGAUGGUCGGCGGCCAUUUUGUUUGUAUGUUGUGUGUGUGUCGAGUCUGGACCAACACCCCCUCACCCCCAUAAUGUUUCUAAAUGAUUUCAAUAUGUGAGAAAUUUCUAAGUUUCGGACUAAUUACGUCGGAGAAGUUGGUUUUGAAAUCAAAAAUCGAGCGCGGGAAAAUUUAAAUUUCUUUCUUUUAAAAACAAUUUUUGAAAAUAAUUCAAAUUAUAUUGAAUUCAUAUAAAUAUGUACGUCUUCCUAUCAACGAAAAAACGACAGUUCCUCUUUGUUUCUGGGGCGCUGGACUCAAUCAACGAUAAUUGAUCCGGCAAACCAAGAAAGCCACACACCCAAGUUCCUAAAAAUUCCUAAUGUGAAAGAAAAUUAAUGAUAAGAAUUGAUAAUAACGUGUUUCUCUUUUCCUUUUUUAAAAUUACUUUUUCUCUCUUCAUUUUCGUAUAUUAAAUUUGACUGUAAGAUUUAGACGAAUUUCAAUUAGGUAGUGUGAUUAUUUCUCUCCUUUUAUUACGUCGUGUCAUGAGAUAAUGAUCAACGUGCACCUCAGGGUUUUUCCUCUUUUAAUUCAAACAUUUUUUUUUUGUGUGUGUCGAUUGCAUCAUAGUUAUAUUACCCACAUUCUUUUUUCUUUAGUUUUUCGAAUAUUUUUGCGUGUAAUUUAAUUUUUUUUUCUUUUUCAAUUUGGCCCAAUUAUUACGUAAACUUUUGCAUUCAAUUUUGUUUGGUUUUGAUUCAUUUCGAUUACGGGUAUUCAGUUGGUUUUGAAUUUUGUUUCGUUGAUUGUCUCUCUGUGUUUGAGUAAGUGUCGUCUAUUUCAUUUUGUAAUUUUGAACGAUGGGAUUUCCUUAGUUUUUUUUUUUUAUUAUUAUUUUUUAUUCUGAAAUGGAUGGAAGAGAUGGAGAUGAGACUCUAAAGAGAUGUGGUAUGGCCGGCCCUUUGGAACCAAAACAAAACAAAACCGUCAUAGCCGUCAUUUGGAUGAAAAUCCGGUGAUGAUGUUGUUGUUGUAAUAACGUUGGGAAAGGUGUAUGAAAAGAUUGUGGCAAAAGGAAAAAAACGACAAAUUCAGGCAAAAAUAUUUAUUUUAUUUUUUUCGGGUGGGCGAAGUAGAUUAACAAAAUAAAAAAGUCAGUAAUGUCGAGGGACUAACAUUUUUUUUUUUUAAUACUUUACCCCAGAAAUUUUUCACGAAUUAAAACUAAACAGGGUCAGACACAUUUUUCCUACAAAUCUUUUCUCUAUUUCCUCCCUGACAUUUUUUUUCUGUUCUCCAAAUUAAUUUUUUUUUCUCGUCUGCGUCCAAAACAAAAAUCGAGUUGACGUUGAAUUGUGCCUGCUGCUGCCUGCCUGUGUUUUGAUUUGUACAGUCUCUUAACUAUAAAACCUUAAAAAAAUUUUCCUCUUUACUAUGACUAAGACUUCUAUAAUCAUCACCUUAUAUUUCAUAUUGUGUGACUUUUUCCUGUCUCGACUAACCACCCACAAAAAGUAACUAUCUUCCCUCCCCCAAAAAAUUUUCACGCAUCUUUCACUAACCGAAUCAAAAUUAGUACGUAUACGUCUGUCUCUUUAUUAUUAUCGUGUAAUUACAAGUCACAUGGACCUUUUUUUUUUUACAAAUUCAUUGAAAUUCAAAAAAACAAAAAAUUUCUUUUCGUCUUGUUUGUUUGUUUGUUGGUUUUAACCUUACCCCCACACUAUUUCGAUUCAAUAAUUAACUACUAAAUAAAAAUAAAAAAAUUCAACAAAAAUAAAAAGGCAAAAACAACGGUUCCUACAGGGUGUGUUUUUUUGUUUUCAAACGAAUAAAAACAAGUUUGUUUGUGUGUGUAUCGUGUGUGUGUGUGUGCGUGUAGUACUUUGGAUGACGACCAAAAUAUUUUUUUUCUUCCUUCACUUUUUUUUAAUUCAUUCCCCCCACCACUUUUUUUUUUUUGCUCUUUUGUUACAUCAUCCCUUUUUUUUCCUGACCGACCAAAUUCUAUAAUAACCCUGACACUACCUCACACAAUUUUAUUUUCCCUCCUACUGUGUAAAUGUGUGUUGUAUCCACCCCACAGAUUGAUUAGUCGGAUCACGAGGAUAUCAAGACCAGAAGCUCUUUUUUUUUCUGUAUCUGAAUUUCUAUCUCCCCCUCUCUCUAUCCAUUAUAUAACUUUACCUCCACCCCUCCUUGACACUAUAAAAAAAAAGGGAAGAUAAAAAAAUGAAGAAGGAGAAAAAAAACUACACUCUACAAAUACAAAAAAAAAAUAAAAUCUGAAAAAAAAAACUUUUUUUCAAUGGAACACGAGUCCAAUUUUUUUCUCUUCUUUAGUUGAUAAGUACGUUGGAUGUAGGGGUCCUGAAUGGGGGAGAGGGGCAAAAAAAAACAACAUUACAUCACACAAUGGAGAAAGAAAAAAAUGGAAAGAAGAGCUGAGCGGUGGCGCGUGCUGAUGGAGCGGCUAAUUUCUCGGAUAAAUAAUAUCCAAUUUUUUUUUUCUCUCCAUUCUUCAGGGGUUUAAUCUGAAGAAGAGAAAUAAAACUUAUUUUUUUUAUACGUAUAUUUACAAGGGAGGGUGGAAUGAUCCUUUUCUUCUUUUAUGUCGAAACUGUCACGAUUCGAGAUGGAAAAAAAAGGUACGGAUGAUUGACAAAUCACACAGAGUAUAGCUAAAGCCUCUUUCCUGUUUUUUUUUCAGUGUUGUUGUUGUUACUUGUAUACUUCCCUCCCAGACAAAAAAAAGGGGGAACUUGACAAGAGAUCAGAAACAUGAUGAUCGCCUGUCAUGAACAUAGUUGCGGCUUGUUAUCCCUUUUCAACCCUUUUUCUUGGCCAGGAGAACUAAAGAAAACAACAGAGUCAACAACAUACACAACCCAAACCACCGAGGUAUUUAUUUCGUGAAAGUUUUUCUUUAGUAGUAAAUAAUAUUGUAGCAGUAGUUAUAAAUUCCAAAAGAGACUAAAGUUGCACUCUAAGAAGAAAACGGGAACUUUUUUCUUUUUUAAACUUUCCCUUUUGGGUGGAAGACAUUUCUGAGUGUAAGACAUUUUUUUUUUUUUUCAUUCUUUGUGUGUGUCUGGUUAAAAAGAAAAGAAGGCUGGUUGUCCUAACCGUCGUAAAGCCGUUAACCAUCAUCGCCCGAGCCAUUAGCCAUAAAACGAUAUAUCCUUGUAAGUCGCGCGCACGUCUCCUCCGACCUCUCUCUCUCUCGCUCCCACAAAAGGACUUUUUUUCUUCUUCUUCUCCUGGCAGUAGAAAGAGUUGUACAAACUUUUACGAGGCCUUAAAGGCCCCCAACCCUUCGACGUACAUGGCAAGUACAUGCACAGUGUUAUAUGGACAAGGACUGACACCGCCAUGGGUCAUCUUUUCGACCGCGACUUGGAUGACCCAAGCAGACCUGGUUCUUCUUCUUCUUUAAAGGAAAUCGAGGACCUGAGACUUGCUGACCUUGUUUUGCGGUCUCGUAAAAGUAAAGAGGGGCGGAUCAAAGGGGCAAACGCGCAACUUUGGACCUCCAAAGUCAAGGGAGAAUCUAACGGACUGUGUGUGUCUUCACAGGCCUUGUAAAAAAUAAAAAUAAAAAGCACAAAGAAGAAUUCCAGCCACCCCCGACUCACCUAGAUCUAGGGCUGUAUAGUAAUACAACAUCCUUUUUGAAUAACAACGUCACAGUCCGAUAGCCGAGCGACGGUUUUACUGCUAAUGGCCAAAUCGGUGAUGGUAACGCAGAUGAGUCAUUAGUUCUGCCCUCUCUCUAUAGAGUCUCCAGCGUUCUUCUUCUUCUUUUUCCAAGAGAAAAGAAAUACCCCGAAAAUAACCCACAGCUCUCUCUGCUUUUUUAUUAUUAUUUCUUUUUUACACACCACCACAACCAUAUCACCUAUAUAGUAUGUACACAUGUAUAUAAGACUCUGGGCUCCAAGUAUUGAUUUUCUUAUUCCCCUUUCACUCUUUUUAUUCCCUUCAAACUAUGUGCUUUCCGUACACACGUUGACUGUAUUACUACACUAUACUCCGCAUAGGAGUUGCACACUCUUUUCAUCCCACUUCAAGAUCUGCACCCCACUUUUUUUUCUUCUUUUUUUCCAACGUAGAAUUAGGGUCUAAAGAAGAAGAAGAAGGGGGGGGGGAGGCAUCAGCGUCGCGACGCUGAAUCAGUCAAUCAAUAAAAUAUAGACUUUUUUCUUUCCCUUCUUCUUCUUUCGUGCGGUUGUGUAUUUAGAUAUAUCUAGGUGCGUAACAUCCCUUACAUACGAAAUAGGCCGACUAUUUUUUCUCCGGAAAGAUGUUGGCAUUGUAUUUUCAUUUCAAAAAUAUGCGUUUUUAUUUUGUAUAGGCAAGAAGUUAGGGUUCUGUUAUUUGUCUGUGUUUGCCAUCUUCACGCGCUAACGGUCGGUCCCCCUCUUCUUAAAUACAUAAGAAGAAGAAUUGAGGUCAGCGAAAUAACCCCCCCAUCCGAAAGAGGAGUGGGGAGACUGUUCAUUUUUGCGGAUGCUUUCACUGACGCAAUUCGAUACCCUUCCCAGAGGGCCACCUUUUCUUCUUCUUCUCUAUAGAUUAUAGACGUGUGCAUGUUAGAUUUUCUUAGAUGUAUCGCUUAAGGCCUCGAGCUUAGAACGUUGGAGGUUAAAUAUGUAAUGCCCAUCAUCGACCCCACUGGUAUCUAAUCUAACAUUCGCCAUGUUUUUCCGUAGUUUCUCCUGGUCAUCAUCCGUAGACUCUUACGUGUAUUGCGUGGGUCGUCCGCGCCGUAAUAAUAAAUGUAGACGCGUGGGAUCAUUCGAAGCGCAUUCCUCGCCGCAACCAGGAAGAGAAGUUGGAGGGAUCUUUUUCGUACUAGGGGGGGUAGAGAGAAAGAAGAGGCUGCAUCAUUCAUAUAAACGGGGGAUAUACAACCGCGAUAUAUACAGAAAGAAGAAGGUAAAGCCACCACACAGACUCUUCUGCCGAGCUUUUGUGUCGUGUCAAAAAAGUUUCUCGGAUUUUUUUCUUUUUUUUUCUUUUGCCUUCAUCAUCGUUGCAUCGCGGCUUUGAAUAGUUGAGAAUCCUCCGCCUUCACCUUCCCCCACGCAACAUCAAUGACGCGUUACACAAGACAUCUAGAAGACCUUUUUGUGUGUGUGUGUGUGUGUGUCUAUUUUUCUCCCACAUCCAUCCCUCUCUCUCUGCUGCUGCUCACUGUAUCCACUCGACUCAAUCUAUUGAUCCGCCCUUUGCGGUUCUCUUCUUGUGAUUCUCAUAGACGAAUGCGUGUGUACCGCCAACGCCGCCCAGCCAUCGGAACUGGGUGGAAAUUGGUCGACGCUCGGGUUGGCCGCUCUCUCAUCGGCCGACGGUCUACACACAAUAUAACUCGUUGCAUUAUUCGCCCCAUCCACCCACACGUCCUCCUCUUUACUUUCUCGGCUGGCAACAUUUUCCCCCCGUGAUUGACUCUCCCUCUUAUUCCCCAGUUUAUCCCGACGACCAAUCGUUCGCAUUCAUUCAGUAUAUUUAUACAUUGACUAUAUAGCUAUAUAACUGGGAGACUGCUACAUUGUCGGACACACUAACUGGUCUCGGAGGCGGUUGCCAUGGUUUCCAUCCAUGGGAACCGAAAAGGACUCUUCAACCGAUACAACUUUUUGAGGGUUGCGACUCUCACGCGGUCACGAAUGCUGCUGUAAUUUGCCACUUUACUUUUCCCGUGUACUUUCAUUCAUUCACUCGCGGUCUUUUUGGUUUGCUUGGCAAUUUGAAAUCGAUAGGCGACCGAAUAAAAAAUGACAAAAUGCUGGUGGGGACUCUCAAUUGGAAUCCCGAUUCCGGUUGGACAAAUCGAUUGGCUGUCAUUUUUAUUCCUUUUCAAUCCCACGUUGUGUAAUCAAAUACUGUAAUUAUUAGCCGACCUGUGAUUGUGUCUGUCUGGACCAAAGUUCUGCGCUGUCUCAUUCUAUAUUCCGCUCUCUUUUCAAGAUUGAAAAUUACUAACCAAUUCAUCCUGCUGGCGUCCUCUAUUGUUAUCGGACAUUCGGUAUCUCGUCGUCACACACACAACGGCCAUGAUUGUUUUGUUCCCAAUCAAUGUGAUGCGGCUACUCUUUCAUUCUAUUCAAGAGAGAGAUGAGAGAAUGUUGUUGUCUCUACGAGAAACGAGGAAAUGGAGACCAACAAUUGUUCCACCUUGUCACACACACAACAGUCGGUGGGUUGUUUAAUUUUUGACCCAAAAUUCUUCGACGGCCUGCCGUAUACCCUCCUUUUCGUAUAUAUAAGAAGGUAAAGAAUAAACACGGACUCUUCUUCUUCUCCCCUCUCCACAUAACACGUAUACACACGGACAUUGUAUGUCAGUUCUUCUCUCCUCCCCCCCCUCUCUCUCACCUUUUUCCUUUACUUUUUCCUAUUUUUUCGCCACCGUGUCACAGGUGUUAUUUCGUCUUUUUCUUCGCGUGUCUGGGAACUUUGGAAGAAGAAAAUUUCGGUCGGUUGCCCACAAAACUCCCCUUCUUUCAUUUUUCUUUCUUGACUUAUUAUAUUCUUAUUACAUUAAUCACACGUAUAACGCCCACUUUGUCGCCUAUUAUAGAAUACGUAACAGCCAUCCCACACACACACACACACACCUGUUUCUCAUGGUUUAUAUAUUUUUUUUUCAAUUUUCAUUACCAUUGAUUUGGUUACAAGAAAUUUGAUUACAGGAAGGAAUUAAUCGAAAAUGUUUCAGAAAUCUUGUCGUCCUGCUCAAGGAAAUCAAAAUUGUUGUUGUGUAGUAUCAUCGAUAACAUUUUACGGCAAAGAAAUGACAUCUCGAGUCAAUCAAUAAUAAACACUGUUUACACUGG